CUUGGGCGGGCUAAAAGCAGCUGAAGCGACGUCCGAGUCGGAGGCUCCGGCACAGGGGCGGGAGCUGAGGCGGGAGCGGACCGGCUGGCGGGAUAGCGACAGGCGGCGGUAUGGUGGACUACCACGCGGCGAACCAGGCGUACCAGUACGGCCCGAGCAGCGGCGGCAAUGGCGCGGGCGGCGGCGGCAGCAUGGGCGACUACAUGGCCCAGGAGGAUGACUGGGACCGGGACCUGCUGUUGGACCCGGCCUGGGAGAAGCAGCAGCGCAAGACCUUCACAGCCUGGUGCAACUCCCACCUGCGGAAGGCUGGCACUCAGAUUGAGAACAUUGAUGAGGACUUCCGGGACGGGCUCAAACUCAUGCUUCUCCUGGAGGUCAUUUCAGGGGAGCGGCUGCCUAAGCCGGAGCGGGGGAAGAUGCGCGUGCACAAGAUCAACAACGUGAACAAAGCCCUGGACUUCAUCGCCAGCAAGGGCGUCAAGCUGGUGUCUAUUGGGGCAGAAGAGAUCGUGGAUGGCAAUGCAAAGAUGACCCUGGGAAUGAUCUGGACCAUCAUCCUCAGGUUCGCCAUCCAAGACAUCUCUGUGGAAGAGACCUCUGCCAAGGAAGGGCUCCUCCUCUGGUGCCAGCGAAAGACGGCCCCAUAUAAAAACGUCAACGUCCAGAACUUCCAUAUCAGCUGGAAGGAUGGGCUGGCCUUCAAUGCCCUCAUCCACCGCCACAGACCUGAGCUGAUCGAGUAUGACAAACUGAGGAAGGAUGAUCCAGUCACCAAUUUAAACAACGCUUUUGAAGUGGCUGAAAAAUACCUUGAUAUCCCCAAGAUGUUGGAUGCUGAGGACAUCGUGAACACAGCCCGGCCCGACGAGAAGGCCAUAAUGACAUAUGUGUCCAGCUUCUACCAUGCCUUUUCAGGAGCGCAGAAGGCUGAGACUGCUGCCAACCGAAUCUGCAAGGUGCUGGCUGUGAACCAGGAGAAUGAGCACCUGAUGGAGGAUUAUGAGCGCCUGGCCAGCGAUCUUCUUGAGUGGAUCCGACGCACCAUCCCCUGGCUAGAGGACCGUGUGCCUCAGAAGACCAUCCAGGAGAUGCAGCAGAAGCUGGAGGACUUCCGAGACUAUCGGCGUGUUCACAAGCCCCCCAAGGUGCAGGAGAAGUGCCAGUUAGAGAUCAACUUCAACACGCUGCAGACCAAGCUGCGGCUCAGCAACCGACCCGCCUUCAUGCCUUCCGAGGGCAGGAUGGUCUCGGACAUCAACAAUGGCUGGCAGCACCUGGAGCAGGCCGAAAAGGGCUAUGAGGAGUGGCUGCUGAAUGAAAUCCGCAGGCUGGAGCGACUUGACCACCUGGCAGAGAAGUUCCGGCAGAAGGCCUCCAUCCAUGAGGCCUGGACUGACGGGAAGGAGGCCAUGCUGAAGCACCGGGACUAUGAGACAGCCACCCUGUCGGACAUCAAAGCUCUGAUCCGCAAGCACGAGGCCUUCGAGAGUGACCUGGCCGCACACCAGGACCGGGUGGAGCAGAUUGCUGCAAUUGCCCAGGAGCUCAAUGAGCUGGACUACUAUGACUCCCACAAUGUCAAUACCCGGUGCCAGAAGAUCUGCGACCAGUGGGAUGCCCUGGGCUCCCUGACCCACAGUCGCAGGGAAGCCUUAGAGAAAACAGAGAAACAGCUCGAGACCAUUGACCAGCUGCACCUGGAGUAUGCCAAGCGGGCCGCACCCUUCAACAACUGGAUGGAGAGUGCCAUGGAGGACCUGCAGGACAUGUUCAUCGUCCAUACCAUCGAAGAGAUUGAGGGCCUGAUCUCAGCCCAUGACCAGUUCAAGUCCACUCUGCCCGACGCCGACAGGGAGCGUGAGGCCAUUCUGGCCAUCCACAAGGAGGCCCAAAGGAUCGCCGAGAGCAACCACAUCAAGCUGUCGGGCAGCAACCCCUACACCACCGUCACCCCCCAGAUCAUCAACUCCAAGUGGGAGAAGGUGCAGCAGCUGGUGCCAAAGCGGGACCACGCCCUCCUGGAGGAGCAGAGCAAACAGCAGUCCAAUGAACACCUGCGCCGACAGUUCGCCAGCCAGGCCAAUGUGGUGGGGCCCUGGAUCCAGACCAAGAUGGAGGAGAUCGGGCGCAUCUCCAUUGAGAUGAACGGGACCCUGGAGGACCAGCUGAGUCACCUGAAGCAGUAUGAGUGCAGCAUUGUGGACUACAAGCCCAACCUGGACCUGCUGGAGCAGCAGCACCAGCUCAUCCAGGAGGCCCUCAUCUUUGACAACAAGCACACCAACUACACCAUGGAGCACAUCCGUGUGGGCUGGGAGCAGCUGCUCACCACCAUCGCCCGCACCAUCAACGAGGUGGAGAACCAGAUCCUUACCCGAGAUGCCAAGGGUAUCAGCCAGGAGCAGAUGCAAGAAUUCCGGGCAUCCUUCAACCACUUUGACAAGGACCAUGGCGGGGCACUGGGGCCUGAGGAAUUCAAGGCCUGCCUCAUCAGUCUGGGCUACGAUGUGGAGAACGACCGGCAGAAGCAGACAGGCAGCAUGGACUCGGAUGACUUCAGGGCCCUGCUUAUCUCCACAGGAUACAGCCUGGGUGAUGCUGAGUUCAACCGAAUCAUGAGUGUGGUCGACCCCAACCAUAGCGGCCUCGUGACCUUCCAAGCCUUCAUUGACUUCAUGUCAAGAGAGACCACAGACACAGACACAGCCGACCAGGUCAUUGCCUCCUUCAAGGUCCUGGCAGGCGACAAGAACUUCAUCACUGCCGAGGAGCUGCGGAGAGAGCUGCCCCCCGACCAGGCAGAGUACUGCAUCGCCCGCAUGGCGCCCUACCAGGGCCCCGAUGCUGCUCCUGGGGCCCUGGACUACAAGUCCUUCUCCACAGCCCUCUACGGGGAAAGUGACCUGUGAGGCCCUCACAUGCCCUGGUCAGACUCCCUCGGCCUCCCGGAGGGGCUGAGGAACCCUGCCCCAACCCUGACUCUAUCUAUGCAAAGAACUCUUUGUGGUCCUUCUAGGGGGUCAGGCAGGGAGGGGCUAGGCGAGCCUCUCUUUCUCAGUCUUAUAGGGGAGGGAGGCUUAGAGACCAGCACUUCUGGUCUGCUAAAUAUAUAUAUGAUGCUAAAUAUAUAAGAUGUGUUGUGGGGUUUUAACCUAUAUGGAGGGGACAACGGACCCUUGGGCUCCCUCUAUCCCAGAGAGACCUUUCCAAACCCAGGUCCCCUCCUCUGCCCCUGAGGCCCCUUCAAGGCCUCUCACAUCCAGGCCAAAGCCCCAUGUGCCUUGUCCAGGAACCACCUGCCCUGCACAGUCCAGCAGAGGGCACCCUAGCUCCCCUGGACCAGAUGCCAGUGGCGCCUUCCUCCACCUCCUGCCUGCCCUUUGUGAUUUCCAGGAGCAGAGGACCCUGCCAUCACCCCUCUGCCUCAAGAGUGCUGGUGGGCAGCCAGCCCCCGCCCAUCUGGUCUUAUUUCUGGGUCUCAGAUUUUCUAAGGACCAAAACCAACAAAAACAAUGAACAGAAACAAAACAUCUUUAAAAACUUAUUAAAAAAACCUAUAAAAAUUAAAAACUUCCAGAGAAUUACUAUUUACUUUAUUAACUUACGGAUUUAUUAUAUAAAUAUAUAUCCAUCUAGCCUCAUAUCUCUGCCACCUCUCUCUCUCGUAAUGAAGACAUAGCUGAUUCAGUGCCCUCCCGCCCCUCCUGAUCUUCCCCUUGUCUGUGGUGGGCAGGGGUCUCUGGGGACCUCCUGAGGUGGAGGUGGGCUGCUGGCCUGCCUGCCUGGUAGUGAAUGGAUGGGUUUCUCCCUUUGAGUUUAUUCUGAUUGAUUUUUAUUUUCUUGGUUUCUGGAUAAACCGCCCUUUGGGGAUGGGAGAAUAAAACAUGUAAUAUUUUUCA